AUGGCUCAUUUGAUGGUUGCUUUGGCAGCUUAUACCUUUUGUGGAGUGUCUUUAUUAACACUGACUGCAAUAAGUGUGGACAGACUUCUCGCCUUACUACUGGGGCUCAGAUACAGACAAGUUGUAACUGUGAAAAAGACAUACAUAGCUAUACUUGCCUUCUGGAUUGUUUCUGUUGUUGGCGUACCAGCUUCUACAGCUAUACGAGAGUAUGUUCACUACGCAGCUACAGCGCUGUGCUUAGCCAUCACAAUCGUCGCUUACUCAAAAAUUUUCUUCCGUCUGCGUCAUAACCAAAUUCAUCGGAUCUACCGACUUACAAGGAGAAAGCCAAGCAAUUCAAAUGAACAUAGCUCGAUACAGAAAGGCAGUGUACAGUGCACUGUGGGUGCAGGCAGCAUUGGUCGUUUGUUAUCUGCCACUUAUCAUAGCGACAGCUUUAAUACAUCAAAGAGGGAUGCAUUUAUCCUAUUACCUUGGUUGGCAAUUUACAAGUACUUUAGUAUAUAUAAGAGAGAUUAAGAUUCACGUUUACGUCAAAGUGGCAAACGUGAAUUUGUACCACGUGACCAAGUUUUCCCCUUAUUUUUCGUUUACUGUUUAUUGUUUCUACACAAAAAUAAGUAGUUUUAUGCCAGNAGAAAGCCAAGCAAUUCAAAUGAACAUAGCUCGAUACAGAAAGGCAGUGUACAGUGCACUGUGGGUGCAGGCAGCAUUGGUCGUUUGUUAUCUGCCACUUAUCAUAGCGACAGCUUUAAUACAUCAAAGAGGGAUGCAUUUAUCCUAUUACCUUGGUUGGCAAUUUACAAGUACUUUAGUAUAUAUAAGAGAGAUUAAGAUUCACGUUUACGUCAAAGUGGCAAACGUGAAUUUGUACCACGUGACCAAGUUUUCCCCUUAUUUUUCGUUUACUGUUUAUUGUUUCUACACAAAAAUAAGUAGUUUUAUGCCAGUUUUAUCCAAAAGAAUCGUUCCGGACUGUUUUUAUCUGCUUAUUUUCCAUUUUCAUAAAUUCUCAACUGACGUUUGCAGUUUGCCGCCGUAAACGUGAAUCUUAA